UGCGCACUCCUGGGGUCGGUUGUCUAGCGUAGCAGUCGGUAGCGGCUCGAGCGGACGCCGGGAUGUGGUACGAGAUCCUGCCCAGCGCGGCCAUUAUGGGCCUGUGCCUGACCAUCCCCGGCGUGUCCCUCAUCCACAUCCACAGAUACCUCAACGGGGGCAAGGAAAAGAGAAUCGCUCGCCAACCCUACCAGUGGUACCUGAUGGAAAGAGACAGGCGACUGUCGGGGGUUAAUGAAUACCAUCGGUCCAAGGGAUUGGAGAACAUUGACUAAGGAGCAACUCAUUGAGUGAAGAGUCCUAGUUCUUGUACAAAGCAGUUUAGCUCCAGUAAACAUGCAUGUAUAUUUGAUGCAAUGUGUUAUAUGUUGCACAUAAACCUGGAAAAUGAAA